GACCUCCUCACCGUCGCGCAUUCAGACAAGCCGAUGAUUUUUUUUGAUGCCGUUGAUGCCGGGCAUACAAAGGUCGGCGAAUCAACGUUGCUCCGGGUUUGGUCAAAGGCAGGGCGGCGCUGGUGGCAAUGAGCAGCAAGCCGGCAAGCUCUGUCGCGAUCUCGCCGACACCCGGCAGAACAUAGGAUUCGGCUUAGCGCACAUCAGGCGGUGAGCCCAUGGGUCGACGUCUACCAGGUACCCACGUUCCAGGAGCCCGUGUCCCAAUCGCCCCGACCCCCCCCCCUAGCAGAGUCCCCCUCCAGUGCUGCCACCAAAGUCCGACGCGUUCACCCAGCCGGCCAGUGGCGCAUGACAGAACCUCUCAACGCGGUCGUGGCCAAAAAGCGCGUCCCACCACCACGGCAACCGUGACGCUCCAUCCCUCGCUCCUGCUCUCUCCCUCCAUCGCUUUAUCCAUCCUCGCCAGCCUCCCGCUUUCACCGCUUUCUCCUCUCUUGCACCCACAUAAACAGACACAUCCCUCGCAACAUUAUCACGCGCCCGCCACAUCUAUCCAAACACUGUCAAGCCUACGUUCUUGCGACGUGCGAUAACGCGCACCUGUCCCAAUCCCGAAGCCGACUGCACAGUGCCUGCCCGAGCCACAACAAAAAGCCAAUCCCCGUGAAUCGUCAGGAACCCCAAGCCAGGCACGCGCCUCACCACCACCAAGAUGUCGGUCGUCUCGCUCCUAGGCGUCAAGGUUCUCAACAACCCCGCCAAAUUCACCGACAAGUACGAGUUCGAGAUUACCUUUGAGUGCCUCGAGGCUCUGGAGAAGGAUCUGGAAUGGAAACUUACCUACGUCGGCUCUGCCACCUCCGACCAAUACGACCAGGAGCUCGACUCAUUGCUAGUUGGACCCGUGCCCGUCGGCGUCAACAAGUUUAUCUUUGAGGCAGAUGCCCCCAGCACAUCACGCAUUCCCGAUGCCGACAUCCUUGGCGUGACGGUGAUUCUCCUAACUUGUGCCUACGAUGGCCGCGAGUUUGUGCGCGUGGGAUACUAUGUCAACAAUGAGUACGAUUCGGAGGAGCUGAACGCGGAGCCUCCCGCCAAGCCCAUCGUGGAACGUGUGAAGCGCAACGUGCUGGCUGAGAAGCCCCGCGUGACUCGGUUUGCCAUUAAGUGGGAUUCCGAGGCUUCUGCCCCUGCCGAGUUCCCACCCGAGCAGCCCGAGGCCGACCUCGUCGCCGACGGUGAAGAUUAUGGCGCAGAGGAAGCCGACGAGGAGGCAGCCGAAGACUCUGCCGAGGUCAAGGCUGUCGGCGACGACGCCGAGAUGGCGGGCGUCGAGCAGGAGCAGGCUAACGGCCACGAGAACGGCCAGGAUGAGGACGAGAUGUCCGAGGACGGCAGCGUCGACAUUGAGGGCGAGAGCGAAGAUGAGCUCGAGGAGGAAGACGGCGAAGGAGAGGGAGAGGGUGAAGGCAGCGAAGACGAUGCCAUGGAGGUUGACGAGGCGGAGAAGCCGGCGGAUGCGGCCUCGUCCAAGCCCGUUUCGGUCGCCUCGUAGUUGGGUCCCGAUUGCAUCAGGGCGAGGAAGGGUGGCCCCCGCUGGAGGACGGUGUUCCCUGGCGUAUGGGCUCGGCUAAACUAAUGCCCAGGAUGGCUCUCCAUGGCAUUGUGUCUGCCAGGCUUUCACUUGGAGUUACGAGGACUACGAAGGAUGAUGAUAUCCAGGGAGGCAGAGUUGGUCGGUUUGGCGAAGAAGGCGAUGCGGUUUGAGUACAGUAUAUUUCGAUUGAUGCACAAUACAGACCCGCAGUACAUAUGUUACCAAGGGGAGGAGGAUGUCUGCACGGGAGUGAGUGUUCACGUCGAGGCGGGCUGGACAUGUCACGGGACAGGUGAUUGAUGCGC